ACUUUCCUACGCUCGGCGCAUUGAUGGGCUCAACUUUCCGAGACUUGAUGUGACAAUGAUAUCAAAGUAAUCAUCGAUUAAUUAGAUCUAGCACUGACUGGCAUCGGUUAGCUAGAAAUUUCUAUCUGAAGUUAAGAACAAUCUAGAAUUAUUAAAUAUAUUUUUAUAACAUCAAAAUUACUAAAUGAAUGCGAAUUACAUAAUAUCGUUAUUGAUGUUAUAAAUACAUUAUUUUCUGUAAAAUACCAUUACUCUUAACAAAUAUUUUUUCGAUUAAUAUAUUAGGCGGAACAAUUAACCUUAUCGGAAUAUGUAUCAAACGGUUUUCGAAGGCAAAGUACGAUUUGAUUUCUCAGUUUCUCUCUAUAUUUUCAUAUUUCAUAUACACGUCGUCUCUAACUUCUGUGUGGUUGAGUUAAAAAUGACUCUUUUAACAUUAUACGCGCAACGUAAUUGCGAUAUCCAGCGAAUACUAUAGAAAUAUCAUGAAAUAUCAUGUAUGAAGAAAUAUUUCCUCGGAGAGUACGAAAAGGAAGCAAAUUAGGUCCUAGAACGAUACUAUUAUGAAACGGAAGGUAGUGAAUUGACAUGAAAUUCGCGCCGAUCUCUUCCUGUAUGAGAAACGAUCGGGCGGUUCAAGCGAAGCGUUGUGUAUGCACUUUUAACUUUCCGCUUUAACUCGACCGCUUAACUCAACCCCCUCGCAUUGCGCGGGGGUCGUUGAAAAAGACGUCGCGUACAAUGCGUUGAGAAUUUAUCUCUUUCUUUAAACUGUGUAUCUCAUACGUGUGUAUGCGCUACCACAUAUCGAUUUGAUUCCUUCCGCGGUGCAAUUUUUCUCAAUUACGCCGUCCAAACGGAAUGCUUAACGAGGCCAGUGAAGGCUUCCUCCCGGCGCAUUGCGCUUCCUAUUUCGUUGCAAGCGCAGUGCUAUACCCACCGCAGAAUCGUCAAGAUGGACAGUGUUCAAGGCCAAUAUAUGCGUAUCAAUCAGAUGUUAAUGUGCCUCAUUGGUCAGUGGCCGUAUCAGGAGGUUUGGGAGAGAUUUCUCAUCCAAUUUGUCUUCGUGCCCGCGGUUUUUUCGCAGGCGGUUCUUCAGGGUGGCGGCAUGAUAACUGCUUGGUUCGCGGAUGACAUUGAUGCGUUUAUGGAGAGUUCAUCGCCCUUCGUAAUUAGUUUAAUGUGCAUCUGUAAACAUAUUAAUUAUACAUAUAAUCAUGAACAGAUGAGGAGACUUACCGUUAUAAUGGCGGAUGACUGGAAUAUCUAUUCCAAACUUAGUUACGAAUAUGAUAUUCUUUGUAGAAAUUACGCGAUGGGCAGAAAAAUCACGAUUGCUUACGCAGUCUCUCUGUAUGGUUCAAUGACUCCCUUUCUGGUUGUCCCGGUGGUACUAAACACAGCCAGCUUCAUGGGGCUGUACAAUAUUUCCGAGGGUAGACCCUUGAUGUUCCGCACGGAAUACUUUGUCGAUUCCGAGAAAUAUUAUUAUCCGUUGCUGGUGCACUCGUACAUCGGCACCCUCGGAUUCGUCUCGAUCGUCGUGGCAAUCGACUCGAUGUUGGUCUUUCAUAUUCAACAUGAAUGUGGGAUGUGCGAGAUCUUGGGAUAUCAACUAGGACAGAUUGUUGAUGAAGAUACUUUAGACAUAAAUUUGUAUCCAAGUAAGAAAGAGGCUGCGUCGUAUAUGUAUAUUAAAAAUUGUGUAAUCAUGCAUAACCACAUAAUAGAAUAUGCUAAACGUCUCGAGACUGCAAAUACGACGUCGUAUUUUUUUCAAUUAGGUUUCAAUAUGAUGGGUAUGACAUUCACAAUAUUCCAGGCGGUGGUAAAGUUGAGCGAUCCAAACGAAGCUUUGCGAUACGCAUCGUUUACAGUGUGCUUGCUUUCCGUUCUCUUCCUCGAAAGCUGGCCGGGUCAGCAACUAUCGGAUUAUACCGAUAAAAUUUUUGCAUUCACAACUAAUGGAAGAUGGUAUCAGUCUUCGCUGAGAGUGCGGAAAGUCAUUAGUAUUAUGCUGUCGAGGAGUUAUGUGCCAAUUAGGAUAACUGCGGGCAAAUUGUAUACCUUGAACUUGGCGAAUUUUUCUGCAGUUGUACGAACAUCAUUCUCUUACUUCACUGUUCUCUUGUCUAUGCAAUGAGCAAAUCUCAUGACAGCUCAUGAGCACUAUUACUGAUGACAACGAUUGACUACAAGCAAUUGAUUUAUUAUUAUCUUUACUUAACGAUUCCUAAGGUAUAAUUGAAUAAUCACAAUGUUGAUUGAAAAAUCUGAGGUAAUAUCUGUGACGAUGAUAGAUGAUGACCUCGACGACUUGGUGCAUACUCGAUACACUUAAAUAUUCUUGCCGUAAUUAGUAUUCAUGUAAAAAACAGUAUAAAAUAUUUUGGCACAGCGAUUGCUUUUUUUCUUAGUUUUAUUUAGUUACAUAAAAUAUUUGCAUGGAAGAUACAAAACUUUAUACAACAAGAUACAUAUCUUCUAAUUAAUAAACGAGUUAUUAAAUCACCUUGGUUAUUAAUAUGUCUUUGAAAUUGCUUCAUUACAUAUAAAUUUAUUGCAUGGAU